CUUAGUUUAUUUAUUAUCAUUAUCAAAACGUACACUUUCUCCAUUUUUCUGCAGGUGACCUUCCUUCCUUUGUCUUCUUUAAUUUAUUUCCCUCUCAAAAGAUCAGAAUUUGCAGAUUUUCCGCUGCUCUUAGCUAUUAAUUAAUGGAAAAACCCUUGAGCGUUCAGCAGAAGAAAGCGUUGAAGCAGACGAAAACGACGACGAAAAGCACUAAGCAGCUCAAAGUUGUGUACAUAUCAAACCCUAUGAGGGUCGAGACAAGCCCGUCGGAAUUUAAAGAUUUGGUGCAGGAGCUCACCGGCCAAGACGCCGACGUGCCGGACGCAUCCAAGUUCCCAACGGAGAUCCAGAGUCCCGGUACCUCCGGGGAGAAGCCUGAUGUAGUCUUUCCGGACGGAGGAGGCAAAGUAGUGGCGGAGGAAGAUCUUUUCGCCGACGGGAGGCCGCCGCCGGAGAUUUCAGAUCCCUCGUCGGAGACGGGGCAGGACUAUUUUCCGGAAUUGAUUGAGGCUUUUCCGGCAGGGGUAAUGCCGUCCAACAUGUGGUAUGAUUGAUCGUACGUAGUAUUGAGUAUUUUAAUUAAUAUUUUAAUGUGAUUAUUAUGAUGGGGCGAUGAUCGAACUUAAAUUAAUUGCUUAUUUUGUAAUGUUGGAGAAAAGAGAAAGGAGAAGUAUUUGUGAUUUUAUUUUUCCGUACGAAUGAAUGCAAUGGUGUUGAACCCUAGCUAGUUUGCAUGCUACUCUGUAAGGCUCUAUGUCUAGGGUUUCUGUCGGUGGUGAUAAUUGCCAGACCACCAUUACCUUUUGGUUACAUUUGAUUGGUUUGGAAAUCUGUCAUCAAGUAUAUCUAAAUAGAUGUUCUUAUUUAAUUUCAAGGUUGGUUGAGUGGUUUACCAGGUUGAUUUUUACUUAACACUAAUUCAGAUUGAUUUGUUAUUAUUGUAUUUACAAAUUAUCUCAUGAAAAGUGUUUUUAGAUUUGUCUUGAUGUAAAUUUUCAAAUGUGAUAUUGUAUCAUCUGCAUUAAUAAUAAAUUAAAUAUCCAA